UGUUCUCAGCGUUCUCGUGUUAUUUUCUCUCCUCUCAAUCCCUGUCUCUUGUAAUUUGAAGUACUCGUUUUCGUAUUCGAAUACACAACUCUUGAAGUCACUCGAUCGAUCCAUCCCCGACACACCAAAAACAUAAAUAAAAUAAAAGCAGGGGCUGUAUAAGGGAACCGCGUUGAUUCAGUUGAUCUGCAUGGCAGCACUCUAUUAUUUUUUUUAUCUAUUUAACUGUUUAUUUAUUUCAAGUUCCCCUUAUUCAUAAACUUGUAUAUUCGGGACGGAUAUAACAUUUGAGAUUCGCGGCGGCGCACGCGCACACACACAGCACAGGUGGUUGGUCACUUGAGAGGUGAGAGUCGAGGUGUGCUGCCGAAGGACGAAGACAGCAUGGUGGUAAGGUGUAUCACUGCAGUGUUGUUGUUAUUGGCUCUUGUUAGCAUAUCUGAUGGCCUUGAAGAAGCCCUACAGUCUUUGGAACCUCAUAGAGCCGAAAAAUUACAUCCUGCAAAGAAACCUCGGCUACAGGAAUUUUAUGAUCAUGCAGAGUACAAGAGCCAGUCUUCUGGAAGGGAGGACAGUACAGAACAUAAGUCAGCAACUCCACUUCCAGAGCUGUUAUCUACAUUUAGACCCACAGAGCUAAGAGAAUCUGAUGCAGAUAUGGCAUCUGAGAAAAAGCCAUCAGUUCCAAAGAAAGGGGUAGCAUAUAAGAAACCAUCAGUUGUCCCAAAGAAAGAGGUACACUUCGCCUCAUCUGUGGUGGCCAAGAAAGGAGCCGAUCCAGAGUCUUCCACACCAUCUGUUUCCCCACGUAAGGGUGUUGAACUUUCCUUAGGGGAGCCCAGCCUAUCUCCUGGAAUCCCAGGGUAUGAUUCAUCAUCUGUAUCUGAUAAAGGUGUUGGUAAAACAAAUGUUUCCAUAUUGUCCAGUGGCAAUAUGAUACAUAAAAAUGGUCUAACAAAAAUCAAUGGAAUUGGAAAUGAGGUUGGUAGUGAGAAAGGAAAUCCAAGUAACGUUCCAACUCCUCAGCUUGUUCAGGAAAAGGGAAAGUUAAAUACUACUUUAUGGAAUCCCUCACAACCUUCAUCUGAUUCUAGUGUGACCAUGGUGGCUGUUGUUCCUUCUGUAAAAGUAUCUAACACUGGUCACUUAAAGCCAACAACAGCUGAUGACACAAGUGCCUCCAGUAACCAGGUAAGCUAUCUACCUAUUUUCAUGAUUGUUGCAUUGGUUGUAUUGGUUAUCAUAGUGGUGGCUGUGGGGUAUCACAGACUAAAAGAAAUUUGGGCAAGAAGGCAUUAUAACUAUGUUGAUUUUCUUAUUGAUGGAAUGUAUGAGUAAUGAAUGUUGAGAUUAUACACAAUCAAGAGUCAUACCACGACAACUACUGUAAAUAAAAUUCCCCUGCGCCACUAACAGCCUGAGGUUGUCCAAGAGACCCCCUCAAGAUAGCUUACUGACGCUAUAGGCAGCACCUUAAAAAGCAAAUAAGAUUGUGAUAUUACUUUCAAGAGUUUGCCUCCUUUAAAAAUACCAACAAAUGUUAUACCCCGGGCAAUAACAGUCCUUGAAUGUAAGUUCUGAAGCUCCAACUUCUCUUAAGUUCCCAAUUUUUGUCACAAAAAUUAUACUAAAGGAAGAGUAAAUUUUUUAUGAAUUUAGGUUCAGCUUCACACCUUUUUUAAGCAGUCCGUUAGGAGAAAGAAGGGAAGUUUUCCCUGAAUGAAGGCAUUCCAGUGUGACCCCCUUUUUCAAGAAUGAUACAUAAACAGUAAACAUUAGUUGUAACUUGUAACACAGUGAAAGAAGCAUGAAAUAUAAUAUUGAGAAAAUCAAAAUGAGUCAGGAGCGGCAAGGUGACUAAUUUGGAAACUGUUCUCCAUAAAAAUAGUCACAGAGGGCCCAUUCCCUAACUUUCAGCAAUCUAGUUUGUAUAGUUUGAGCUACAUUGAAAAGGAAAUGGUAUUAAAUAUGGCAACAGUUUUUCCUGCUAUAUUUGUGAUCUGAUUUUCAUGAAAGGACCCUUACCCAGAGUAAAUGGUGGUGUGUGGCAUGUUAUGCCUCCAGCUAGCCAGUCCAGAGGUAUCAGUUGGUCAGUGGUAGGGUCAUCCAACCAUCAAUUAUUUAUUCAUCUUUUACAAUCCAUGAUAUCCUCUACUUCUAAAUAUACUUUUGUGUGCUUUUCUUUUAUAUACAGUAUUUUUUCAGGAUUGAUGUGCAGAGUUUAUUUUACUUUUUUAAUAUAUAUUUUUUUACAUUUUCCCAUUUUCACUAAGUAGCUUAUGAAAACCAUAGUAUUUUUAUACAUAAUUACUACUUACUAAACAAACCUGAGAUACGCAUUUUCAGGUACAAUCCAGUAAGACCAAAAUUUGCUUAGUGAAAACUGAAAAUUUGGGCCCUUAAUUUUGUCAGUUAAAAGAAAGAUUUCCUCAUAUUGCAGGACAAGCAACAUUAUUAACAUUAAGAAUGUGAGUGCCCUAAAAUACUUUUUCAGCUCUACUUUGACUGGACAAUUUGUGGUGUAUAAGACACACUUCUGUUUCAAAGGUUAUUCUUUUGCACACUUCUUAACAAAUAAAACAACUUACCGUAUUUUCCGGUAUAUAAGACGCACCUAAAAUUUUUCAAGAUAUAUUUAGAAAAAAAUUAAAAGACCCACAUUUUCCCUGAACUUAAUGUGUAUGAAGUAUUACAUUUGGCCACCUUACGUACAAUCAUGACCAUGUUACUGUGUGUUGCUAUGUGCCCUUCUCUGUGUUCAAGGUGUUCCACUGUUGGUUGAAGAAUUACAGUGCUCUUACCCCAACCAGCUGUGACUUUGAAAUGGUAAACAAAAGGGUAGGAUGGUAAAUUCACUCACUGCGCAUUGUGCAGGCAGUAACUUUCGCCGAGCUAUUGAGGGAACUAAUCACACAGGGAUGCUAUGUUCGAUGGGCAAUCUUGGUCUUGAUCUUGACUUUAAGGGACCGUAUACCUACUUUCAAGUAGAAAUAGAUGUUGAUUAAUUACUUUCAAUCAUAUUAUGUUUUAAUAUAAUUAUUUUCACAAUGAGAAACAAAAAUGCGUUUACAGUAAACACUUCAGUCAUCCAUGGAGAUCGGUUCUUUUGAACAUGUAUCACAGAAAACAUCAGCUGACCGGACUGCUGCACAGCAGAAAUACCUCCAGACUAAUCCACCCAAGUCCGCCCCACGAUCACCGAACAGUCAUGUCAGGCAGCACCCUGCUCCACCAAUAUUGUUCCUGUAUAAAAGCCGCUUUAACCAUCACUGCCAAGGUACCUGCAACACUCAUGACUGGUGCAAUGCAGCGGUGCUGUGUGUUGUUUCAUGUUCAUGCCGCGCCUCGGCUCACAUGUGGCGCGUCUUCUUCUUCUUGUGACUUGUAUGGUCAUGUCCUCCUCCUCUCUUCUGCUUAUUCACACUUUCCUUUUCUAUUGCAUCACACUAUUCAUUAUUUAAAUCAAUCAGAAUUUGUACCUUAGGCAUAUACCAUGCAAGGAUAACUUUUUGGCAUUUUCUGAGUGAAAAAAAGUGCGCAUUACAUGGCACAAAAUAUGGUAUAUUUUGGGGGGGGGACAUCUGGGAACUAUUGUGUCAAAUGGAGGUGUUUUGGGUGUUGGUUUCGUACCAGUAACAAUAACCCCUAGGCCUACCAAAACCUAACCAUCGGUGCGCCUUAUAUGGCAGGAAAUACGGUAUAAUCAGAAUAAGGCCCAGCGCAUAUUGCAAAGCAGUGAAGGGUGGGGCAGCACAGGAUUCUAUAUCUAGUUAAUUCCAAUGAGAGUAAAUUAUUGACAAAGUUCAUUUCUGCAAAAAUUACAAGUCUGUCCUGUGUUGCUUUUCUGUUAAUUUGUAAUCCUUCCUCAGCAAGAUUUUGGUAAUGGCUUAUUAUCCUGUUAUUUGGAAUAAAAUUAUAUCUUGUUUGUUUUAUGUUAUUUAUAUAUAUUGUUGUACGUUAUACCUUAUAACUUGUACAGCAUGUUACUGUAAUGUAGGCAAUUGUAACACAAUGGCAAGUAUUUGUGUAUCUAGCUCACUUGAAAACAACUGUAAAUCGUUCCAACUCACUCCACUCUUAUCCACAGCUACUUCUGUCAUCUGUCUUCUCUCUCUCAUACCUCUUGCAGUAUAAUACCAUGUGUUGCAUAAUUUCCUUCACCCCAUUAUCACACAUGUUUAGCAUUAUAUAUAUAUCUUCUUUAUUCCUCCACCUAUCUACUCUGUCACAGCUCCAGUGUAUUUGUCCUUGUCUUGAACAGCAGUUCAUUUCCCCAACUUUUGUCAUGGACCCAUUCAUUCCUCAGCUUAGUUUUACUUGCAAGUGUCAAGUAUACUUUUUUCUGACAUUUUUAUAUGCUUUUCAGACAAUACUUUCUUCCUCACAUACUUCUGUAUCUCUUUCUUCCACUUACUUUUAUGUUUCAACCCCUUUCUCUUGCUCCUCUACCUGCCAUUUUAUGUCAUUUUGUAACCACCUACUUUUUUUUUUAAUCUAUUCCAUUCAUACACCUUAUUUGGCCACCUAUUUUCCACCUUUUUAAAUUUCAGUUUACAUCUCAGCACAGCUUUCAUAACUUUGCUGUUCAAAUCCUUUAUGCAAAAGUUCACCAGCAUCUUCAUCCUUUAUCCUUUUUGCAGGAAAACUGAAUAGCCUUCCUCCUGUAUUUCUACAUUCCCAUAACUUAGGUGCUUUCAGAAGGGGUUUCAUGACAUCUCCAAGUAAUUUUGAUUUUUAAUUUUGGAUCUUCUACUGUUUUUUCUUGGGGAGCAGUGUUUGUGGGAUUUUUUUUUUUCUUCUGUAAAAAAAAUCAGGACAGAUAUAGGACCAGAUGGAGAGAUGAAAUUAGAGCAUUUAUUGGAGCAGGAUGGAGUAUACUAUCAUCAAAUAGAGAGAGAUGGAGAAUGUUGGGAAAGGUCUUUGUUCUGAAGUGGACUAAUGAUGGCUGAAGUUGAGGAUAAUGAUUUCUAUCUUAUGUUGUGAACUUAUAUUGAUUGCUCACACAGUCCAGAAAUGCAACUCUAACCCUUUCACGCACCAUGGUGUAAUUCGCAUCAAACAAUGGCAGAAGAGAGUCGAGUUGAGAGAGUUUAUUUUAUAGGUCUAGCUUGGAUCUUUGACGCAAUAAUUUUGACGCGAUUCUGAAAGACUUUAUUUUUGCCGAAAUUUUAAAAGUUUUUUGAUGCAAUUUGAGUCAAAAUCUCAGAUGUAGACAAUUCCGUUUUGACGCAAAUCGUGUUGUGGUGCGUGAAAGGGUUAAACCCAUGUUAUAACCAUCUAAAUAUACAAUACACUUGACCCUCAAUUUGAUGCACUAACUUGAGAAUCAACGAGUCCAUUACUAAGUACGGUAAUGUAUUUGUCAGUGUUUAUCGUUAUUGUUUUGGUGUUUGCUUUGGUCUUGUUUGUAAAUUUGUGUGGUAAUAAAAGAAGCUAGUAAAACUAGUACAUAUAGCAUAUUCCAGUGGUAGUAUGAGGUUUAAUUACACUCCCCCUCUACCAAGCCUUGGUCAUGGUCAUCAGCCGUGUGCUUCUAGUCAAGAUGAACUUACCAGUGAUAAACAAACCUCUGAAGACAGCAGGUCACCCUCCACAUGGUGCUGUUGCUUCAGUAUGGUAUACAUGUGUAUUGAACGUUAUAUAUAUUGCAAUAUGGUGCUGGUUCAGUACUAUAUGGUAGACAUGUAUUGGAAGUCAUAUGUGAUUUGGCAGAAAUCCUGCACCACCAUGUAGCUAAGUAUCUAGUGGACACAUUAUUCAAAAAGUGGACUUUUUGAGUGGUCUAGUUUGGCUUUAUGGAUUCGCUCAACAUGAGUAUAUGGUGUUGUCAAUAUCUAUGCAGGCGAACAAAGAUUUGAAUCUUCAAGUUGCUUGUGGUCUCCAUCUUACUGUUUAGCUGUGAGACAUGGACAUUGAAUAGCAACUUGGAGAGGCAUGUCAAUGCUCUUGAUACCAAGUGCCUUUGCAGGACCAUAGGGUAUCACUUGAAUGACCUUGUGUUGAACCAGUGACUAGUUUGUAAAAUUGAAUAAAGGCCUGUUAAUAGCUUAAUCCGUAAAUACCAACUCCAUCUAUAUGGGUACAUAUCAAGCUUCCCAGGUGUUGAUCCUGCACAAAGGUUGAUUCUGUAUUAGACAACUGUGAGUGGAGGAGACCAAGGGGAUGCCCACAUAACUCAUGGCUGGGGCAAGUUGAUCAAUACUUGGAGGGGCUUGGAAUGGGAAGGUUAGGUGUGUGCUGGCUUGCUCAGGGGUACUAUCAGGGGUGGAAGUGGUAAGUGAUUGAAGUGAUGCAUCCCCUGGCACAUGCUCCGUUAGGCCCCGUUCACACUGUGCCGACUCUGGGCCACAACAAUCCAGCGACUCGGGUACAUGAGGUCUUGGGUGUAAAAUGUUGAUGUGAAAAGGUUGCACAUGGUCGGAAAGAGGUCUAGAAAUGAUCGCCAGAUGCUGAGUCGGCACAGAGUGAAGGGGGCCUAUAAAUCAAACAAACAGAUGGAGUCUUUUAAGUCCAAAAUACAUUAAAUCAAAGUCCAUGAAACUGAGGGUCAAGUGUAAUAUGAUUUAUGAAAUCAUGUUUUCCAGGAAUGCAUUCACAUUAAUUAUAGUGGUUAGCCUUUUCUGAAGUACAAGUUGAUUUGAGAAGAGAUAAGAUACAAUUUUUUGUGAUUUUCUUUGCAAAAAUUUGUAGCUGAUUUUUAAAGAUGAGACAAAAUUUGAUGUUUUCCAAUAAGCAAAAACUUGAAUCUGUAAUCUAAAAAAAAGGGAAGUGAAUGGGUGUCAAUGAGGUAAGAUGUAAUCUGUAAUGUGUAAUGAAUUGAAAGCCAAGUUUUUAACAUUUUCCUUGAGUUUGAAUCACCUAUGUUGAAUUUGUAUUUCAAUUGAAGAGUGUCAAUGAUUUUAAUGUCUUAUUAGCCAGGUGCCAAUGCUUACUUCCUUUAUUCAAAGAAAUUUACUGAAGUAAUGUAUUUUUGUAUGCUUGGUGUACAAAAUCCAGAAUUUAAAACUAGGUAACCAUUAGUUAUAAAAAUAUCUGUUCAUACUAUUCUGUUUCCAGGCACUUUUAAUUCAGUUUUAUUUUUCUCUUGUUAGAUAUUCUGUAAAUAAAAAAGAUUAUUGUUUAUAUUUGCAGAUGCAUUCCUUUAUUUCACAAAUACUGUGUAUAUAUAGUUUUUAGAGAAUGUUUCAAUGUUUUGAUAUUUGUCUUGUAUGUAAAAUAUGUGAUACAUACAUGGUGAUUAUUUUCUUAUAUAAGGUAAUUGCUUAGUAUACCGUGCCUUUUUGAAGUUCAAGGGAAAAAAAUUGUCAAUCUCCAAAAAGCAUCCGUUGAUAAACUAUUGCAAGUGAUGACUGAUCAUGGUAAAAGAAAAGAAAUAUAGAUGAUUUUAUUCUUGCA